AUAGGAAAGUUUUUGGUCAUCAACAUUUGCCUCCCACUGGUUAAAGAUCACAGUUAAUAUGUUUCCUCAAAGAGUGUCAUGAAACAUGGAUUUUAUCUGACCUGUUUCCAGUUUAUUUGUACCCUCAAAACGGCGGUAGACGUGUUUAGUUAGAGUGUCCAGAGUCAUGAAACUUAGUCCUCGUCAAGCUCCAUUGUAUGGCAAGUGUGUGCUAACAGUUAAGCUUUGUGAUGAGGCGCUCCGUGAAGGAGAACAGGGGGAUGUUCAGUUCUUCCUGUUGUUCACCGGCUCCUCUCAGAGACAUCUAACCAGCACACUGAAGCUCAGCCAUGGCACCCUUCAGGCUGUGUGUCCAGCUCAUAACUGCUGUGAGUCAGUGCUGGUCACCCUGUGCUCCGCGGGACCAGACGGUUACGUUCAUACUCUGGCCACCGAGCACUUGCGCUUCAUGCAGGACCUGGCCUUCGACAUGGCCCAGUUUCUGGUGAGCGCGGUGGGGCAGACGGACAUACUGGAAGAGGCUCUACUACUGGACGAGCAUCAGAUCCCCCUGCAGGAGUGUGAAAAGCUGGACCAGAGUCUGUCCCUGGCCCUCAGACAUCUCACGCUGCCCCCUGGCUGGAGCCUGCUGGGGAAGAACACACGGCUGGAACCUCAAGAGACUCUUCUACACUUUGCAGCUCGUCGCGGGCUCCUCAAAGUGGCCAGAUUUCUCCUCGAGCAGCCAGGGGCCCGAGAGGCCCUCAACCUGUGUAACAAACAGGGAGCCACACCGGUGGUCAUCGCUGAGAGCCGAGGACACACAGAACUGCUGGAGCUCUUCAGCCGGGAGGAUUUGGAUACAGACGCUGACGUUGAGACGUUCAGACAGAUCUCCUCCUCGGGCAGUCGUGUGGUACAGCACCACCCCUCUCUGAACACCUACACCCUCUCUGUGGGCGCCGGGCCGAGCGGUGCAUCACCCAGCCUGCAGGCCGACAUCCUGGAGCUGCGCAGACUGAUUCUUUGCCAUUGUCAGGGGAAGGUGAGUCAGGGAGGAGUUGUGUUUCAGCAGAGCUCAGACUCUCCGCACAUUGCCCAAGAAUGUGAUCACGGCCUGGAGACCAGAGUUUGCUGUUGUGAAGAGGCACCGCACGACUCCCUUGAUACCAGAGAACGAGGGUUCACUCCUUUUAGCACAGGAGAAAACAAAGGAGAAUGUAAUGACCGCCUGGAUCCCUCGCAAAUCAGGGAGGGUGACGGAGGACCCUCGCUCAGCUGUGAAACUGCCACGGCUCUCUUACACAAUGGCAAUAGUGAAGAUAAGUGGGUGUGUGCUUAUGAAAACAGUGAGACCGAUUGCAGAGCGCAAGAGGAGAGCUCAGCUGCUGGUCUAGUUCCUACCGGGGACAUUGGCGAUAGUAGUGAUGGUUUGCAGAGCAAUUCUGAGAGCAUAGCCUACAGAACCUCUUCCUGCGGACAACAGAAAGAGGAAGUUGAUAAAGCGGACCGCUUAAUCUGCGAAAACCAGGAAAAAGGACGCAACUCUGUAGAGGUGAAAGCAUUGGAGGAGAAAGAGCUAUCUGAGCGUAGCCCCACCGUUGAGUCAGGAGAUAUGGGAAUUACUCAGUCUUUGGAGACGCCGGAAAGCUCGGAUGUUGAAUCUUGUUCUCAGGGUGCUGAGACUGAUGAUGAGGAAGAGGAUAGAUGCGGAGAUCUCAUAGAACCAGAGGAGAUGCGAGAAGAAAGCAAGGAACCACUGGAAGUAAAUCCAAAUGGAGAUGCACCUCUAGAUUGCUCGAAACAUGAAAAUGAAAUGUGUGUUUGUCGAGACUUUCGUGAUGAAACUGGAGUCCCAGGAACUCUGGAGGGAUCUGUGGGAGGUUUUAGUGAGAAUAUCAGGUGUAAUGUGGAAGGUAAUCAAGACCAUCUUGAUUCUUCAAGAACCUCUGAUCAAGAAGAUGCCAAUGAAGAGUUUCAUGAGACUCUAGAAAUACCAUACGUGGAUGGCGACCAACAGGAGGAGGAACUCUCAAGGACUUCGGCUGCUGAACAUGAGAGUGUUUCAUGCCUGCAUGAAAUGAAUCAAGAGGUCUCGCCUGUAGAAAAUCCAAUUACUUCAAUUGAAGAUGCAGUGGAAGAAGGAAGUGAGGCUGACAGACAGAGACUAUUAAGUUCUUCCGAUAUCUUACAAACUGAACCUGGAUCUCCUACAGGAACUAGUGAGGACACCUUAGAACCUGAAGAACUUCUUUUAGGUUCUGGCUGUGAGGGGAUGGAGAAUGUCCAUGAGAACCUGGAGAACAAACCCAAUUGUGAAGCUCAGGCAACUCUGGAGGAAGUUCUUGAGUCAGCGAUUCCUGCUGAUAUGGAGAAAGUGAAUCUCCCAGAUGAUCUUUCUCAGGAUCCCAGGCAGGAUAUGACCUCAAACAAUGAGGUCAUGUGGGGCACAUCAGAAAUAGAGUCUUCUGAAGGAAAUUCAGACAUAGUUUUUGUAAAUACUAAUGAAUCUGGAGAUCAAGACUCACCUGUACUAGUAGAGUCAAAUGAGUCUGGAAUCUCUGAGGAAAGUCUGGCAGUCAAUCUGAUGAGUGUUUUGGUCCACAGUGACCAUGUAGAUGGUGCCUUACACGUCUCAAAGGCACUUGAUAAGGAUGACAUUAUAGAUUCUUCUAUAUGUCCUGAACAAACCCGGGAAAGCUUAGAUCCUUUGUCUCAAGACGCUGAAUCUGCAGUGCAUGAGGUUGGACAACCAAUGGGUGAAGAAGACUUAUUGAAAGAGUCAGAUGCACGUUUGGAGGAUCAGAUGGACUUUCAGAAGACAACGUGGCCUGAUAUCAUGGAUAAAAAAGAUGCACCACUGAUCCACAGAGACAAAGACGCAUUGUGUUCCAGUGUGUCCCAGAAGAGACACAGCCUGUCCACAGAGAGUUCAGAGUAUCCAGAGUUUCACACUUGCAAUUCAGAAGCAGUCACAUUUCGAGACUCAGGCAGCGAUACAGAUGGAUUUCUUAGUCCUGACACCGGAGAGGACAACGUCUUCAGAAAGGGGCAGGAGGCAGUAGGGGGAGGUGACAGCACGAGUGAGGUGUCUGUCUCCUGCUCCUCCACAGACGACACAGCCAGCGUCGGGCAUCCCAGCUCCUCGGCCGAGAGUUCUGAGGAGGUGCGGCAAGGAGGGGAGGCAGAAGAGGAGGCCAAAGACAGGUUAACUGAGGUGCCGCUCUCCGCCUCUCUCUUCCGGUCCAAAGUGCGAUCGCCCUCUCCGUUCCGCAGACACAGCUGGGGUCCUGGGAAGAACCAGGCAGGGGAAGAAGAAAUGAACCAGCGCAGUUCUGUACGAGGUACAGGAGGGGAAAGACCUGUAUUUUACAGAAGAAGUCUGAGCUGGUGCCCCAGUGAGCCCUGUCGAGAGCUGGAAGAAAUUAGAGAGCUCAUCAGUUAUAGUCUGGAGGGUCUGGCAGCAGGGAUCGAGGAUGGCAAACGUUGGAUACCGCAGUCCGGAGGUCCAUCCACGGAUCAGCGCGGAGUGCAGAGGCAGGAAAGUGAAGAGAGGGGAUCACUGAUGUCUCUCACCGAAGAAGGUCCUGAGUCUGAUUUGGGAGACUGCAGCAGUCCGGGUGGUCAGAAAUCGAGGAAGCAUCAUCAAUUCAGACACAGCGGUCCAUCUGUGACUCUCCCCCUCAUGAAAUCAGUCUCUAUGCUCUCCAUCAGCCAACGGGACAUAGAUGGCAUGACGUCAUACACCAGUAACUCCGGUUCCAUGGGAUACAGCAUCACAGAGGAGGAACCCGGACCUUUAAGAGGAGAUUUUGAAAAAAAUACCACUAAAGUUGGCCGGACUUUCAGCUACCUGAAGAACAAAAUGUACAAGAAAGCGAGAGAAAAAGACAAGGAAAAAAAUCGUGAGAAAGACAGAGAGGCAAAAGAGAGAGACAAGAAAUCAGUGAAUGGACACCUGUUCAGCACGUCGAGUUUGCUGCAUCCGGCUUUGUGCCAGCAAUGCAACAAAACCCUCAACACUAAAGAUGCUGUCAACUGCACAAAUUGCAGUGUGAGAGUUCACAAGAGCUGUAGAGAAAACCUCCCCAUUUGUCCCAAAAGCAGAAUGAAGCAACAGUUUGCAAUACCAGAGUCCACCACUAUGCCUGUCGUCACUCUACGAACAAAAUCGUCCACAGUGCGGGAUCGUCCCUGGUCUGCUAUCUUUUCUCCAGAAGAACAUUCUGUGAUUAUUCCUUCCAGACGACCCACCAGUAUUAUGCCCUUCCACAGCAGCAACCUCUCGAAAAGCAUGUCCAUCAACAAUAUUGCAAUGUUUGACGAUAUGCCUCUGAGAGGUAUGCGGUAUCUGUCGCAAUCAACAGACUCCCUCCACAAACCCAAUAAGGUCACAGCAUCCACUGAGUCUCUAGAUGAAGGAACUGAGAUGAUUGACAGCCGGCUGAUGGGGGAGUUUGAAGCAGAUGUUAAAGAACUGGAGGCUGACUCCUGGAGCAUUACUGUAGAUAAAAAAUGUCUGAAGCAACUCAAGAAGGACAUCAUUAAGAGGCAAGACGUCAUCUAUGAGCUGAUCCAGACGGAGAUGCAUCACCUGCGGACGUUACGGAUCAUGUCUGAUGUGUACAGUAAGGGCCUGCUGACAGAUCUCCAGCUGGAGGUCCAGAUGGCGGAGAAGAUGUUUCCCAUGCUGGACGAUCUCCUGGAACUCCACACGUUCUUUUUCAGUGCACUGCUGGAGAGGAAGAAGGAAGACAGGCUGGAAGGGACGAACGGCUUCAUAAUCAACAGAAUAGGAGAUGUGCUGGUCAACCAGUUCUCAGACUCAAAUGCAGAAAGCAUGAAGAGAAUCUAUGGCAAAUUUUGCAGUCGACACAGUGAAGCAGUGAACUUCUACAAGGAGCUGCAUGCCAGAGACAAACGCUUCCAGGCAUUCAUCAGGAAAAAAAUGAGCAGCAGUGUUGUCCGGCGGCUGGGCAUCCCAGAGUGCAUUUUGCUGGUGACUCAGCGAAUAACAAAGUACCCGGUGCUUUUACAGAGAAUCCUGCAGCACACCAAAGAGAACGAGGAGGACUUUGAGGACUUGACGCAGGCGCUUCAGAUGGUGAAAGACAUCAUUACUUCAGUGGACAAUAAAGUAAAUGAACAUGAGAAGAAGAAAAAGUUGAAAGAGAUCUACGGCCGUAUGGACAGCAAAUCCAUCAGUCGCAUGAAGAGCGGCCAGAUGUUUGCCCGAGAGGACCUUCUGCGCUGUCGGAAGCUUCUCCAUGACGGUCCUCUGCAGCUGAAAAAUGCUGCCGGGCGACUGAAGGAUGUCCAUGCAGUUCUUCUUUCUGAUGUCUUUGUGUUCCUCCAAGAAAAAGAUCAAAAAUAUGUUUUUGCAUCUCUGGACCAGCGAGCCACCGUUAUCUCCCUGCAGAAGCUGAUCGUGCGUGAGGUGGCCCACGAGGAACGCGGCCUCUUCCUCAUCACGGCCGGCAUCGCAAAUCCCGAAAUGGUGGAGGUUCACGCCAGUUCCCGAGAGGAACGCAACACCUGGAUGCAGCUCAUUCAGGACGCCAUGCACUCAAUAGAAAAGGACGAUGAUGAGGGUAUCCCGAGUGAAACGGAGGAAGACAAGAAGCUACUCGAAACCAAAACUAAAGAAAUGAGAGACAUGCUCCAGAGGAAAGAUGAACAGAUCGUCUCACUCCUGCUGGAGAAGAUGAAGCUUUUCCGUGAAAUGUGCGGUUCAUCCGACGACACCGCUUCGCCAGUCAAAAUGCUCUUCAGGGCCAACAGCGAGGACGUACCCAAGGGGGAACCCAUCAUGAUAGACGCUCUCAGAGAGGUGGAGAUGUUGCAGGCGCUGGUGAACAGCACUCUGGGAGGGGCGGUCGGGCAGCAGGUGGCCUGCGCUCAGGGGAACAUGGGGCCCGUGUGUCUGCCACGCAGAGCCGAGACAUUCGGAGGCUUUGACAGCCACCAGAUGAACAUCUGCAAACAUGGUGACAAAGAGGAAGCUGAAGAUCUUCGGAGGACAGAAUCUGACAGUGUACUAAAGAAGGGAGGAAACGCCAACCUGCUGCUCCUGCUGAAGAGAAACAGCGAGCAGGUCCUGACUAGUGUCACUCACCUCCAUGAGCUCUUGACCUCACUUCAGGCUGUGGUGCUGCAGCAGGACACUUUUAUCGAGGACCAGCGUCAGGCCCUGAGCGAGCGCACCCCGUCCCGCUCCUCUCGUCCCCCCUCGCUGGUGGAGCAGGAGAAACAGCGCAGCUUGGAGCGGCACCGACAGGAAGCCGCCGCUCUACAGCGCCAGCAGGCUGCCCACGCCGAAGAGAAGCGACGCAAGGAAAAGGAGUGGGAUGUGAAGGAACGGGAACUGACGGACCGGGAGGUGCUGCUGCACGUGAGGGAGGAGGAGAUGCGGAGGAGGAACAAGGAGAUGGAGGAUGCGCAGCAGGAGCUGCUGGGAAGGAAGGAGGAUUAUCAGAAGGAUCUAGAGAGACUGAGGGAUGCUCAGAGGAGGCUGGAGAGGGAGAAGGAGCAGAUGCAGAAGGAGCUGGAGAGAGUGGAGCACCUCCGGGAGGUGGAGGCUCGUCUUCAGCGCACCCCGUCCAGCACAUCGGAGGACUCCCUGAAGCUCCAGAGCAGCAGCUCCAUCGAGCGAGAGAUCUGGGAGGGCGAGUUAUCGUCCAGCCCCAGGAAGAACUCUCUGUCCAGGAUGGACUCCAAACAGAAGGGCCGCAGCCUCUUCUCCCUGGGCGGCAAAACACAGAGCAUAGAGGGUCAAAACCAGAUGCCCACACGACUGCUUCAGCUGGCUACAUCUAAGGAGAAAAAGGACAAAAAGAAGAAGAAGAGCAAAAACCAGCCUCCUCAGGAUGCAGCAUCACAUCUGUUGCCCCUGGCGGAGCCUCCUAUGGACGGAGAGAUCUUCUUCUGCUGAUUUACCCAUCAUCCCUUCUGUCCACAUCAUUCCCUCUCAUGGACUUUCUAUCAAAGUGCCCUAAUAUCGCAGUUAUGGUUCGGCAAUAUUUCUAAAAUAUGAUAAAUCACACAAAACAUAUCCAAGUCAUAUUAUAUCACAAAAUAAAAUAUUACAUUUUGCUUAAACCAAAUGAAGACUAUUUUAGGAUUGUUUUAAUUUUUAAUUUUUUUUGUACAUUAUGACAUUUUAAUAACAAUUUAUGACAUUUACCCCCAAAUUCUUAUUACUGUAAUGUAGGAAUAUAUAUAUAUACUGUAAUAGUAAUAAUAUAUUAUUUAAGUUGUAUUUAUAUAACAUGGUAAAUGUUUCUUUUAUAUAAUAUUUUAUUACAGUAUUUUUGCUGUGAUAAAGUUAAAAACUUGCUGUAUUACAGUAAGAAUAACUUUACAAAAACAGUAAAGUGUGUGUGUGUAUAUAUAUAUAUAUAUAUACACUAAAAAAAUAAACAAAUUUACACAAUAAAAUACCGUUUUUCAUUGAAACGGUAACAUACUGUAAAAACAAUGCAUUCUGGGUAAUAUUAUUUGUCAUUUUCCAGAAAGUAUCCUAUAGGUUACUUUCUCGAAAAUGACAAAUAUUACCCAGAAUGCACUGUUUUUACAGUAUAUUACUUUUGUAUAUCACAUUAUAAUGCAUUCUGGGUAAUAUAUGUUGUUUUCAAGAAAGUCGCCUAUAGUCUUAUUUUCUUAAAAUGACAAAUAUUACCCAGAAUGCAUUGUUUUAUGGUAUAUUACUGUUUCAAUGGAAAACAGUAUUUUACUGUGUAAAUUUGUUUCUUUUUUUUUUACAGUUAUUUUUUAGUGUAUAUAUGAAAUUUUUACUUUUUAAAACUUUAAUUUGGAUAUAAUUUGAAUAUAUAUUAUUAUUAUUAUUAUUAUUAUUAAUUUAUUUUGGGGAUAAAUGUGACAUGGACAUGUUUGCUGUGAGAACUACACAUCAAUCUUAAGAUUUGCACUUCUUUCAAAUGUUUAUCAGACAAAUUCCGUCUUUCCAUAAAUUGUUAAAACAUACAGAUUCCUGUAUUUCAGUGUCUUUGAGUUAACAAAUCAUUUGUUCCACCAAAAGGUUUAGAAAACGCAAAAAAAUAUAAAUUGUAGCUCCCCCUAUUGGCCAACUGUUUAGGAAGAGAAAUCAUUUUGGCGUAUUGCACACAAGAAUGAUCAUUUAAAAUUUAAUCACAGUUUUAACAUUUAAACGGAUUAGGGCAGAGAGGUGGUUUUCCAUUUCCCCCCAUGUCUUCUAUUUUAGGUUCCCGAAGGAAUGUCCCGUCUUUGAAAUGCCACCGAGCACUUUAACACCCUUCACAUGUUACCCCGAAAAUGACAAUCAAUUUUUCAUUAGCAUUCCAAAGAUAAUGCCCUAAGGACAGUUUUUGGAGGCCGUUGUAUAACAUGCCAAGGCAUGUGAUGCUAGUUUGAGAUUCUCUAAUCCAUCUGUGUUUAAUACUUCAUGACUUCAGCAGGACAGAUGAGCUGUAAAUACUGUAUGAAUCGUAGACUCCUGGAGGAUAUUUAAAGCUACCUGCUGGACAGGUAACAAAGAUAAUCAUCCACACAGGAUAGUGUACUUAGCCUAUACGUUCACCCUUAUGGAUCGAAUGCACCGUAUCAUAUCUAAAUGUCAAUAAUAAUGCAUUUAGCACCCCAGUUUUUGCACACAAAGUGUCCACUUAUUUCAUCAUACAUGAAUAUUCACCCUACAAGCAUACAGGCUUUUGUUCAGCUAGAGGUUCUGUUGGCCUGAUUUUGUUAGGAGUUAUUUAUUGGUCCAAGAACAUUUGUUAUUUUUAUUUGAAUUCUGUUUUUUAAGCAGUACAUGCUCUUAAAGUCCUACUUGUGCAGGUUUGUGCUGCACUGACUUAACUCCACCAUGAGGGUGCAGCAGAGAAGCAUUUUAUAUUGGAAAGCUCCUCAAUGGAUUUACAUAACUUGAUGUCAGAGGAGACACAGUGACGCAGUGCAGGAAUUAUUAUUUCGUCACACGCACAAAGGGAACUAUUGAUUUGUAAUUUAAGGAGAACGGUGCCUAUGGCCUUACAGAACUGUCAGUCACACUUUUGUCCUCAGGAACAAAGCGACAGGGAAAACUCAAUUCAGGCAGAAUAUUGUUGAAAUGUCUCAUGCAUAAACGUAAACUGAAGUUGCUUAGCCUUAAAGAAAUGAUGGCGUGCACUAAAAUAUAACCCAGCAAUUUCUCAGGAGUAUAGUUUCAUGGUUUUUUUUUGUUUUUGUUUUUUGUUUUUUUUCCAUCAUUGACAGUAAGGUUUCAUUUGUACAUUGAGGUACAUGUUUUCUUGCGAAAUAAAAAGGAAGAACUAAUAUGUAAAUAUUGUGUAACAUGUUGAAAUGUAAAAUUCUGAAAAUGUUUAAUUUGUGAUUAAUUUUGUAAGUAAUUUUGUAAUUACUUAAAAUGUAAUUUUGUGUUUGAGACGUAAUGCUUUAUUUAUCAUUGAUCCCUUUGUGUUGAAGCAGAAGACGCAAUAUUUUCCUCACAUUAAAAGCUAUUGCAAAUUUU